AUGAGCGCCAACGCAUACGCCACAUUGCUUACGUCAGACUCGUAUCUCCCAGGUGCACUGGUGCUGGGGCGCAGACUUGCACUUCUGUCCUCAGCCCCGUGCAGCCUCGUGGUACUGGUAUCUGAUAACGUCUCCAAAAGCAGUCGCCAACUGCUUGCAGAAGUCUAUGACAGUGUUGUGUUAGUGCCACGAAUUAUAUCCAAAGAUAUACCCAAUCUGCACCUUUUGGGGCGGCCCGAUCUCGAAGAUACGCUAACCAAGUGUCAUCUCUGGAACUUGCCCUUCAGCAAGGUUGUUUAUCUGGACGCCGACGUGGUUCCAGUCCAAUCGCUGGACUUGCUGUUUGAGGAAGAGUUGGGGCCUGGGGAUGUUCUUGCGGCGCCUGACUCGGGAUGGCCAGAUUAUUUCAAUUCUGGCGUCUUGGUGUUGAAGCCGCACGCAGCCACUUAUGACGAGCUCAUCAACGAAGCAGCCAAAGAAGGUUCGUCUUUCGAUGGUGGAGAUCAGGGACUUUUCAACACGGUUUUCCCCGACUGGAAUCGACUCAGUUUCUGCUACAAUGUCACACAGCAGGCUUCAUCCCAAUAUGAAUAUUUACCUGCAUUAUUGGCAAAUGCCUCCAAGGUGCGGGCUUUUCACUUUAUAGGCAGUCAGAAGCCAUGGGAGUCCCGUGCGUUCGAGACGUGUGGGUACCCGGACUCCUCCCGCCCUUUCUAUGCGGCGUGGUGGGAUACGUUUGAUACGCAUUAUUUCGGUGAGCGGGCGGCCGCGGUUUUUACUGCUUCUUCGGGUGUGGAUACGGAGUUGCCAGAGGGACUGUUAACUACUACGGUCGACAAAACGCUAGGAGAGGCCUGGAAUUUGAGUCUUGACAAGCAUGUGAAUGAGUGGGAUCGUGAAGAGACCAGUGGUUAUACUCCUGGUGUUCUUGAAUUGAACCCUCCCAAAGAAUUGGUUGAAGCGUACGAGGUAAACGAUGAUAAGGUAGAGCCAGAGAAACAGUUUCCAUGGGAUGCGCACAAAGUUCCAGCUACCAGAUAUUUCCCGGAGGACCGUUGA